UGUUCCGGGCAGCUGUUUUUAGAGACGCAGCAUGGCGCUAAAAAAACUACAAAUACCAGCGUGACCACCAGAACCAGCGCAAGCGGUGAGUUGAACGAGUGGCGUUGCGGUGACCGGUGAGCGUUUCCUGAGGGGCGCAGGUGCUUUUGAAAGCUUUUAUCCUUCUCCAGCCCGUCGCCCGAGCACUGCCCAGGUCAGAGCCGCUUCUGGCGCUCGUUUAAUCCGCUGCAGCGCGAGGUGUCUGCUCGUGUUUUAGUGCAGUGAAACGGGUUGUUUGUGAAGACGCGUCUUCUUGUUGGUCCCGUCGUCUGUUACUGAUGAUACUGCACUUUUGAGGGCAUGAAAACAGAGACAGUACAAGAGGCGGUGCUUCACUGUUCGGCUCGUUUGCAGGUCACCACAAAAACCACAUCCUCGGUGAGCGCUGCCCCAGACGUCAUCUGUUGAAUGACUGAGCCUGUGGAUCGAUGGCAGAGUGUCGGUGUUUCAGCUCGCUUUCUUUAAAAUAAUGUUUGCUCGGAUAAACUCGGCGGACUCUCAGUCACCAGUGAGGACGUCUUUUACUGGGAUUUGAGCAUGUGUGGGUACGCGGCGUUCUCCGGGAGCUUAUCCAGAUUUGGCCUUGGAGCUGUGUAAAGAGCUACUGAGCUGAACUGGACGCCGAGUUUGCCUGUGCUUCUUCAUGAUGGCUGCCUUAUGCCAAGCCGUCUUCCUCCUUGUGGUCUGUGGACUCGUCCAGCAGACCGACUGCGCGUGCAACGUAACCUGCACCACGGACUACUUCUCGAGACUCAAUUGUUCCACUUCAGGCACGGAAGGUCCAGAGUCUUGUGAUGUGGAGGCAGAAUGCAGAGAUGAGUUCGAGUCUGUGAAUGGGAGCUGUGUCAUAAGGCCGCCACAACGGUGGUGCACAAUCGAACCAGAGCGUUUUUACCAGAUGGUCAACAUUGAUACAGUGUGCACACUAAAAGUAAAAUGGUCAAACCAGCAACAGGAGCCAAUAUGUACUUCAAAGGACAUGAAUUUACAGGCUAUCGUUAAGCCACGGCAGCCUUUCAAUCUAACUCUUACGAAGAGUAAUGGGGAUUUUAACCUCUCCUGGGAAAUGGCUUAUAUCUCAGAUGGUGGCCUGGAUGGUCUUUUGAUGUACAGGGUGCGUUUAGAGCCAGCAGAUGGUCUGAAUGAGAAACACAGAAAGGAGUUCUAUGUCAGAGACGACUGCAGGUACCAGGAAAUCCGGUGUGAGCUGCUCUUGCCGAAUAAAGCGUAUGUGGCCUCUGUCCAGGCCACGGUCAAUUCCAGAAGUUUUCCUUCAAGUCAAUGGAGCGAGUGGAGCACCAGCUCUGAGUGGAGCUGCCCUCACACUGAUUCUUCUGCUCUCACAGGUCCAAACCGAUACCAUCUCUUGUUCUUGCUGUCUGGACUGCUCCUGUUUGUACUCUUGUUCUUCUUUGGGAAGCAGGGGUGGCAUAAAAAGCUGGGUCUGUUUCAGUACAUCCCAAACCCUCAAGACUUCUUCAAACCCUUGUACCACACGUAUCAAGGGGACUUUAAGAAAUGGGUCGGUCCGGUGCUCACCUUCAACAGCUUUGACAUACUGGAGAAGAGUGUUCCUCUGCAGGUGCUCACUGAGAAGCAACUGGCCUCUGUGCCACUGCAGAGGGAGCUUCUCCAGGAGCCAGGCAGUGGCGGGACUGGCCUUGGGGACUGGAGCCUGCUCAGCCUGGUCAAUGCUGGCUCCUCCAAGCGCUACUUCCUUGGAGGCAGCAGCCUGGGCACCACACACUCCGGCGGCCACAUUUCCAUGGACACCGUGACUGUGUCUGGUCAAGAGGGCACCAUGUCAGAUUGGACCGGAGGAAGCAGCAGAAACCGACCAGACCCCGGUUUCCACAGGGCUGGUCAGAGGGCACCUGGGGUUUCGGACGAGGACGACUUCCCGGGGCUGGAUGGAAGGGAAGGCUUGGAAGAGCGAGGUGUUGACAAUUGGCAGCUGCAGGGCAACGAAAUGGACAACAUCGAAGAGAUCUCUUUGGACUCGUACAGUUCUAACGAGCAAUCGGAUGAUGGUUACCCUCAAAUGGGCCUGGACUUGGACACCAUCGACAGUGGCUUCUUGGAAUCAGACUGCUCAAGCCCCAUGAACUCUGAAUGUGAUGGAGGCGAACAAAUGGAUGCUGCUUUGCUAGCUGGUGGGGUGGGUGCCCAUUCGAACUAUGUUAAGCAGUGGGUGGCCGUCACACCACUGUCAGAAGACCAAAGCAACUCUGAGUAGUAGAAUCUCUGAACUCCAAGACACUUUUCUUCUCUUUUUGGAACGAUCAAAAAUAGUAACUGAAUCAGCUGGACUUGCUUAAUCCUGCAUAACUGCAGACAUAAGAUCGUACAUCUGUCUACAGUAGCACUGUGGCAGCCACAAUAGGGAACAAUAGACUUGUUUUGCUUCUAAGUAAUCUUGAGGGAAGUGAGAGCGCUGAUUCUAUCACCUUGUGACCUGCUGUUUUAUGAUGAAAUUCAAAAUUGCUUUUGAAAGGCUAUGCAUUUUCUCUUAUUUGAGUGACUAGAGAAUACGUGGUGCAUGGAAAAAAACAAUGUAGAGAUAAUUCUAAGAUUAUUUGCACAGCUCUAACGCUUGCUAUCACGUUCUAGUGGGUAUGAGAGAACUGACAGGGAUCUGAUGAGCAUGUUUAAACUCUGAGAUAAGCCAGCUCAGACGUUCUUAUGAAGUGCCUUCAAUCUGAUAAUGCCAUGGUCAUGCCAACCUAUCAGAUCUUAUAUGCACAAAUAGAGCUGCUGAGAUCAGCUACUGACCUUUGUCUUUGUUUGCAUAAGUGUCUACUCAGGAAAAGCUUGCUGCUUUAAUGCCAUAGCACUCUUGGCAGCUGGGGUUGUUUUUGUUUUCUUUGUUUUAUGGCUUUAUUCACUCAACUCACUCUGUGUACCAACCUGUCUUGAAGAGGCUUCUGACAGCUGUUACAUUACCAAAUAAUGGUUGCAACUCUCCUCUCACCAUAGUGUAAAUGCCCACAAGCACUUGAUUCACAUUAUGAUAGAAGUGCCAGUUAAGAUGACCUAAAGUACCUAAUGUUUGCAAAACCAACCUUAGUUUACAAAGUGAUAAUGCUUGGAAAGAAAUCUGGAACUUCUUGUUAUCUGUUCUUUUAACCUACCAUCAAAUGAUCCAGUUCAAAGGACUAAGGUGGAUGCCAUACAGCUACAAAAAUGUAUUAAAUAAACUUUAGAUUUUAAAAUCAUAUUUAUAGAAGGGGAAACCUUGCAGAGACUAGAGACUCAAUUUAUUGUCAAAUAAAAUACAGACUGUCAAUCAUUUCAAACCAAAUCAAUUUUAGUUGGAUCAGAUCCCAAAUGUUUUUUCUUCAAAGUGCAUUAAAAUUGGUGCCUCUGGCUAAAAUCAGAGGAUUUAAGCAGCUAAUGUGUUUCUCUCUUAAAAGCCUUGGUAACAGAAGGUGGUAAACCCUGAAGAGCUUUGUAAAUGUCACAUGCUACACCUAGUCAGGGACCACCACCUGCCCACUGUGGGAUACCGGUGACGGUAAUUGUCAACAGCGUGGUCCUGCUUUGGAGUGUGAAUCACACUUUCUGACUGUUCGUGAGAAGGGCGCAGAAUGACUGUAAAUACCCUGAAAAGUAAUCUUUAAAAUGAGCAAUGAGCUUCAAGAUGCUUGCUUCAUUAACUGAUCGUAGAUUUUACAGAUAGGGUUUUAGACUUGAGACAAAAACAGGAACUGCUGUGUGUAUAUAAACUCAGACUCGAUUAUCACAUGCUUAGCUCUCAUUCAUCUGCCAAAGCUUUACCACAGGAGGUAACGUUGAUAUUUCUAUUAUCCUUCAUGUUUUACACUGAGCCUGUUCUGCUGGACUGUCUCAGUAGCUCAUUUGGUUAAUCGUCAUGUUUUGUCAUGCAGUUGUUUCGCUUGUUUAAGAAAAUCUCAGCCAUGUUGAUGAACAGUACAAAAAAAUAAAGUUUUACUGCUUGUUUUUUUUUUA